AUGAAGAAAGUAAAGAGAGGUCCUUCCCCAUCACCAAUCCUUCCCGAUGAUCUCGUGACCAUAAUACUCUCACGUCUGCCUGCUAAAUCUCUUGUUCGGUUUAAGCGUGUAUGCAAGUCAUGGCGCAAUUUAUUCAAUCAACCUCACUUUGUUAAGAUGCAUCUAAGCCGACUAUCCAAAGACCGAAAGUUAGCAUUUUCAUGUUGCUCUCGCACUUUACAAUUAAGGAGAGAACUACUCGUACAGUCCGGCGAUGAUCUAACAGCGAAGCACAUUCUUCCUCCAUUCACAGAAGAACCGGUCUCCAUCUUUGGUUCUUGUAAUGGGUUGCUAUUACUUCAAACUCAUCUAUCCCAUACCCUUUACUUGGUGAAUAUCACAACUAGAGAACUCAAUAAAUUACCAUUCAUGUAUACACCAUCCAUGUCGUAUGGAUUUGGUUAUGAUGCAUCCACUGAUGACUACAAAGUCGUGGCAAUCUCAUCCCGUGUCGCAAGUUUAUACACAAUGAAAACAAAUUCUUGGAGGAGGAUUCAAGACUUCCCUUCCAAAGCUGGGGUGUCGAAUUCUCAACCAUGUUUACUUCUAAACGGAAUUCUCCAUUGGUUUUGUUGCCAUGUGUGGAAGAUGAUUUCUUUUGAUUUAGCUGAGGAGAAAUUUCGAGAUAUUCCUUUGCCACAUCUUCAAAGGAUUGAAUCAUGUUCAAAUUAUGUAGUUUGCAGAGGUUAUGCAGUUGGAGUUCUCGGAGGAUGUCUUUGUAUUAACGUCACAGGUGUGGAUGAUUGCCGGAGUGGUACCAAAUUUUGGGUGAUGAAGGAAUACGGCAAGAGAGAGUCUUGGACUAAGCUUGGGAUUAUCAUACCAUGUAGUUUUGACGCGAAGCCUCUGAAUUUCUCAAACAAUGAUGAACAUCUGUUUUUAGUUGACCACAAACGGUUACUGAUGUACAAUAAAAAAGAAAACACAUACAGAUAUCCAGGGACUUUCAAUAUCUUUGGUAAAUGGUUUGGUGCAGAGACCUACUUGGAGAGCAUUGUUUCGCCUGUGUAUCACAAUGUGGUUUAG